AUGGCAUCAUCUUCAAUAAAUCCAUCAACAAAAUCAGAUAAUAAUAAUAAUAAAAAUCAAUUAUCAGAAACUUUUAAUGAAAGUGACAAAAAUUUGUCAACAUCUUCUUCAAAUGUAGAAGAAACAAUAAACGAGCCAGGUGUUAAAAUUGUCAGAGGUCACCCUAUAGCGGUCAGCAAUUCUCUUCUAUCGCAUGAACCAUUAGCUAGACCAAAAAGAAGUACUGUAAAUUAUGCACGACCAUAUGAAGAAGUUCUGGUUGGACAACCAGGUACCGAUGUAUCAUCUGGAAUAUCUACAAAGUCGAAUGAGAAGAAAUCUUCAUUUACAACAAAACCUUCGUAG